CAAAGAGAAGGUUUAACACAAAAGAGCUAAGUUGCGCAAAAAAAAACAGAACAUGAAAAGGCAGAGGAUCAGUAAUGGGGAGAAGAGCACUACUACUGAUCAUGCUGCUGCUGUUGUCACAGGGAAGUCGACGAAAAAGAUGAUGAGAAGCAAUGCGGUGGGAGCAGAUCCUGAUCAUCAUAAUAAAGACGGAGGAGGAGGAGAAGGAGGAGGACUGGCCAGUGUGACCACCAGUAAUAUUUACAAAGCUAUAGCUCCAAUGGGUACUUUCGCUUCUGCUGCUGCGGUGGCGCCGGCGGUGGAGAGGGAGUACUUCUACUACUUGUACAAUGGAGGUGAAGCUGAUCAUCAUCACGUCGGGGUGCUUGAUUACGAGGAAAUGUGGUGGAGCUCGAUCUGGCUCCCCUGUUUCGACGUGGACAACUACAUGGUUGACGAUGCUGCUGCUGCUGCUACGGAUGAUUGUGUGCUGUGGGAUAUUGAUGAUAUUUGGAAUUUGAAGAGCAUCAAAUAGACGGGAAUCAGGAAUCCAAAUGAGGAGAAGUUAUUUGAAUCGCGUAGUAAUUGGAGGGCUAAUGUCUUACCAUAAUUAGUAUUAGUAACCCCAUUUUCAGUUCUUAGUUAGCGCUUCAAUGGUUUCCUGCAGAAUGGGCUCGAUCGAUCUGUCAUUUUCUGCAGCCCACCUAAUUAAUCUUUAGAUUUGCG